AUGGACGCCUGGGGCUACAGAUGGCGUUCCUCGAAGACUCUCAUCAUCGCCACCAUCAGUAUUGCCUUGUUCGCUGAAACCUUUCUGUAUAGCUUCAUUAUCCCUAUGCUGAGCUACAUGCUGGAAGUUCGUCUAAAUAUUGACCCAUCCGAAACGCAGCGGUAUACCACCGCCCUGCUUACGCUCCAUGGUCUGGUUGCUCUCGUGGUUGCACCGCCAAUUGCCCAUUUCACCGACAAGACCCCUAAUCGCAAGGCGCCCUUCCUGAUUUCCCUCGCAGCAUCUCUAGUCGGGACAUAUUUGAUUGCAAUCGCGUCAUCAGUUUGGGUGCUCUAUCUCGGUCGCGUGAUACAAGGGGUCGCUGCAUCAGCCUCCUGGAUUGUGGGCUAUGCCACCUUAGCAGAUAACAUCAGACAAGAAGACAUGGGGAAGGCUAUGGGGCUAACUAUGUCCUUUUCGCUUUUGGGCAUCGUCACAGGACCGACGAUCAGCGGAACACUCCUCCAGCUCCUUGGAUACUGGACCGCCUGGACUGCUCCCCUAGUAGUUCUUGUCCUCAAUAUUAUCGUCCGCCUUGUCAUGCUUGAGAGCCGAGAUAGCAUCUCCUCUGCGUCUACAUUGCUUCCAUCGUCUUCAUCAUCAUCACAUGGUUAUUCGUCUUUCAACGCAAUGCCUCCCAAGGUUGAUCCGUCAGAUGGCCCCGAGCAGCAGCCCCCAGGGUUUUAUCGCAUCAUGUUCAGAGAGCCCAGGAUCCUUACAGGGGCAGUCAACCUCCUUCUAUAUAAUAUGGUCACAGCAGGUUUUAACACGACAUUGCCUCUCCAUCUGCGUAGUAUCUUCCAUUGGGAAAGCAUGACUAUUGGACUGAUCUUUCUUGGGCUACAGCUCCCUCAAGUAAUCCUCGGUCCGCUGGUCGGAUGUCUCCGCGACCGUCUAGGGUAUCGGUAUCUAAGUACAGUCGGCUGGACCUUCUUGGCUCCAUUACUCUGGCUCCUCGGGGUCCCUGGUUCCAACACCUUUUCCUGGAGCCGCCCCGAAACCCAUGGCAAAGCCUUCUUUUUUACAUGUAUAGCUUGCAUCGGUGUUAUGCUCAGCCUGGUCCGCGGUGCGGGAGCGUUGCAGAUGACUAGGGUCAUGCAUGAACUACAGUCCAAGGAUCCGAAGCUCUUCGGUGAUUACGGCGCGAGCUCCCGUCUGUUCUCUUUGAUAGAGAUAUUCUUCAACCUAGGAUUGGUACUAGGCCCUCUGCUAUCUGGACUUUUAGUCGAGGCGCUCAGCUUCUACUAUACGUGGGGCUUGUUCGGUUAG